CUUCCUCUGUCAGCCUCCCUCUGCCUACUGAGUCUGCUAUUGCCACGCCUGAGACUGGCAGCCCCCAUCUCCCCAGCUGAGCCCAUCAGUCAAGCCUACAGCCUGGCUCUCUACAUGCAGAAGAAUACAUCAACACUGCUGCAGACCUAUCUCCAGUACCAGGGCAGCCCUUUUAGCGACCCUGGCUUCUCAGCUCCUGAGCUCCAGCUCAGCAGCCUGCCUCCUGCUGCAGUUCCUUUCAAGAUCUGGCAUGCUUUGGAUGAUGGGGAGCGCCUGAGCCAGGCCCAGGGAGCCUUCCAGGCCUUGACACAGCACCUCCAGCUUGUGGGAGAUGAUCAGAGUAACCUGAAUCCUGGUAGUCCUAUCCUGCUGGCCCAGCUUGGAGUUGCAAGACUGAGAGCCCAAGGUCUGCUUGGCAAUGUGGCUGCCAUCAUGAAUGCCCUUGGGCUGCCUGUUCCUCCAGAAAAAGACACUAUUGGGGUUGUCCCCUUUGGGGCUUCCGCCUUUGAGAGAAAAUGUCGUGGGUAUGUAGUGACCCGGGAAUAUGGUCACUGGACAGAUCGAGCUGUGAGGGAUUUGGCUCUGCUCAAGGCCAAGUACCCAGCAUGAA